AUGACACAUCCAAUCCUUCAGUUAACACCAGAAUUAAAUUUCGAUUCAUCAAUCAAAAAACUCGGUUCAUUAGUUCAAUCAAAUCAAAUAUUCAAGAAUCAACGGGUAUCUGGAAUCAAUGGAAACAGUUCAAUUGGUCAAUCAUCUAAUUCAACUGAAUCACUUAUUAAUUUGAACAUUUUCGCCAGUGUCUUAGGUAUCUUGGGUAUUAAAGUUUGUGCUUCUGUAUUGUAA